AUGUUCGAGAAGGUGGUGGAGUCGGUGCUGGAGGAGUAUGUGAGCGAGUGGGUGGAGGGCCUCGACUCGGAGAAGAUGAAGGUGGCGCUGUUCGCGGGUAAAGUGGAGUUCCGCGACCUGCGGAUGCGCGGCGCGGCGCUGGACAAGUUCCAGCUACCCAUGAAGAUGAAGUCGGGCAGCGUCGGACGGCUGAGCAUCAAGGUGCCGUGGAAGCGGCUCACGUCGCAGGCCGUCAAGAUCAAGGUGGAGGACGUCUUCCUGGUGGUGGAGCCCACGGACCAGGACGAAGCUCGGCGGAGCGAGGAGGACGACGAUUCGUACGCGCUGCGGACACGCUGGGCCAAGCAGCAGGAAGUGCGGAUGCUCGAGUUGCUGGAGACGGUGAAGAACGACGGCAGUACGACGAGUGAGAGUGAAGGAGCUGGAGCUGGAGCUGGAGCUGGGGCGGGGGACUCGGACCCCACGGCGUCUUGGGGCUACCGCAAGAAGAUCCUCAACACGAUCCUAGACAACGUCUCGUUCGAGUUCUCCAACAUCCACAUCCGAUACGAGGACUCGAAGCACCUGGCGUCGUCGAUUCCGUUGGCUCUGGGGCUCACGAUCGACUCGAUUGUGAUCUCCACCACGAACGCGAACGGACAAGAAGAGUUCGUGGAUCGCGCGCAGGCUCGCACUGCGUUUGUACACAGACGGCUCGAGAUGGUGCAGGCCAGUGUCUAUAGCGACCACAUCGAGGCUAAAGGCGCGCAGUCUCGAAAAGGUCCGUCGACGUCGGGCUCGAAUGUUAUUCAUCCUUUCAGCACUCGCAUCAACUUGGCUCGAAACCACGACGAGCGGACAGCGUCCACCAUCCCGAAGCUGCGAUGUUCCGCCGAGAUCAGCGCUAUCCGGGCGUGUUUGACUCCUCAGCAGAGUACGUUCCUCAUCAGCAUCGCAGACUUUGUAUCCGCCCAUGAGAUGUACCUCAAGCGUCUCCACUUCCAACGCAAGCGACCACUAGUCCCAGUGCGUUCGAACGCCAGAUUAUGGUGGCAGUACGCCCUGCACGGCGUUCUGGAACUGCACCGUCAUUCAUUAUCGAGUCAAAAGACCGCAACAGCGUCAACGACAGCGACUCCGGCCCGCAGGUCGAGUGUUGUUCAUCGUCGGUGCAGCUGGAAGCUCUUCGUGACGCUCUGGUUCGCUCGGAAGGAGUACAUCCACCUGCACAAGAACAUGCUGCGGGCCGCCAAGAAGAAGAAACUCGAUAUCGAGAGCGUCAUGGCCGAUCGCUCUCGACUAAAUGCUCUCGAGGACGUCUUAGAGGUGCCGACUAUUGUCUUCUUCCGGCUUUGCGCCGCCCGAGAACUGGAACUCGAAGGUCAGGGCCAUGACUCCCCACGGAAAUUAUCCCAAUGGAAGUCCCGGUUUUCCUCCGGACGAACGUCAAGCGGCAGUUCGAAUGGAUCUGCGUCCACACGUGAUAGUUUUAUCGACAAGCUGGAGAUUUACUUGGCGGUGAACGACCGAAUGCACGCGUCGUCGGAGGCUCGAACCGCGAGUUUUUGCGAGGAACGGAACGUGGAGGCGCUGCUCAUGGCGUUGGACUUAGUGGUCAUUAGCUUCGAGGUUGUUCUCGUUGAGGAGUACAAGGUCGGGGACAAGUCGGACACGAGGGACUUCUUACGAUUUGAGCUCAACGAGUUUGUGGUGACGGUGCUGCAGCGGACCAGUUCCUCCACCGUGUCGUCACGGAUCACGUCCGUCCAGAUCCUCGACUUCCGCCAGACGUAUGAGGCCGCGACGCUGGAGAAGAAGGAGCCACACGCUCUUUUGUCCAUGAUUGACACUAUCUCGCCUAAUGGGCAGGUGGUGUCUCGCAAGAACCCGUUCGUGGAGCUGAACAUCGAGUGUUCCGAGAGCAAAUUCCAACUCGACUGCGUGUUCGAGCGGUUCCGCUACAUCCACAACUUGUACGCGACGUCAAAGCUCCGUGCGUAUUUCAUAGCGCGCGUGGAUGAACCCGAUGAACCUGUUGCAGCGAUCAAAGCUGCCACGCCGACAAAAACUGCUGGAAAAGUAUCUAAACUUCCCGUUGAAUUGCAACGCAAAGCGUCCAUUGAGAACGCCUUUGGAACUGCCAAAGCGCGGCGAAAGAGCGACACGGCCGCAGUUCAUACACGAGAAGUGGUGUUUUCUGUCAAACUUCCCGAGAUCGACGUGUUUGUCCAUACUACUGACGCCUCAGCAGAGGUGGAGGCUAGACUGGUGGGCACGCACUUCCAGAAUGGGGCAGCUCACAACACGUUUGAGCUGUCGAUUGAAGGCGCUGAGACCUACUUCUUAGAGCCCGAAGUGUGUGCAAGCACGGAAGAGGAGAAAUACGAGGGUGAAGCGGACAAAACGGAUACUGUCCAGCGUAAGCGCUCUACGUUGAUGCAGAGUACACGCCUGGUAUUUUAUGGAGAGAAACUGGUGGAAGGCUACCUCGUCCCCAAGUGGCAAAUGAAGUGCACGGCGCCUCCCAUUCAGUUCUCCAUGUCAAGUAAGCAGUACCAGCAGCUUCUGCAAGCGUCAGCCGAGUGGCAGUCGCCGAAACAGGGGCAAGAAGCUGCCAAGGCUGGGUCGAUUGCGUCGUUCAUACCGGAAGACGAGCGGUUCAACGUUUGCUUCUCCAUCCCUCAAAUCCUGAUCGACUUCAACGGCGAAGGCCCGAUCCAAACCGCAUUGAGCGCGGCUUCUAGUGCGUCGGAAGAGAUCACGGGCUUUGAGCUGGACAUCCGAGACCUGAAUGUGAUGGCGAGGUUUUCCUCCGCCGCCCAGGCUGCCGCUGUGGAUAUGGGCUUGCUGUCACUUGUAAAAUGCGUGAAGUACAGCACUGUACCAGAUAAUACGGUGGACGGAUCGUCCGCGGACGACGCUAGUGCACAGAACGCUGAUGGCCCAACGCCCUCAUCAAUCCCUCCACCAUUACCCGUGGCGAAAACCACAGCAGACCCAGUCUUCCAUCGAUGUACGGGAUAUCGCACUUGCAAGCUCCUUGAACUAAGCGGAAAGACAAGCGUCAUGAUAUCCAGCUCGGAGCCGCUUAUGGGUGAAAUCAACGUCGAGCAAGCCGCUCUGUAUUGGGAUCAUGAGCUGCUGGUUGCUCUUGUUCGAUAUCACUCAAAAGCGCCAAGUGCAGAAUCGUCAGCCUCGGGUCCGAGUGUAAUAACCCAAAGUGAUGCACUCGAACCGCUGGCUUGUUUCGCGCUUCAAGUGAAAGUCCAGCGAUAUUUUGCAUUUUUCAUGCCGAAAGCGUGCUGGCAGGAGCGUGUUUCGUUUGGACUUUGUGGCUCAGACUUGCGCUGUGAUGUCUCGACGCUGCAGACGCAGUACGUCUGUGCCACUCUGGAGGGUAUCGGUGAGAUCCAAUUGACAGCGUCUCGGCUGAACCAGAUCAAAUCGGAGAACGAUUCCGCUGAUAAUGAAGCUCAGAGUCCGGAAUUUUCGGAGGAAACGAGUGUACUACUUCAAGCCCGGACGCCAGUGCGAGUUGUGCUCGAGUCGGCAGGUUUCAGUUCGUUGGAGCAUCGUGGAGGAGCCGCUUCGUACUACCGAAUCGAGAGCGAAGACGUGGAGAUGAACUACUUGCGCGCGUACUGGUCUCCAUUCCUGGAUCAUCUUGCGAUAGAGAUCGGUGGGUUUUCUCGGUGGACGGACCUGCUGCGAAUGCCACCCGGGAUGAAGGCACUAAACGACCGGGUAAGCGUCGAGCUCGACAUUUCUCACGUGACCUUGAAGCUGCCGACCUGCGAGGCCGAGGGCAAGCACAAAUCGCCAUCCGAUCACAUCGAAAUUGACGUUCGGAACGUAUCCGCAGCGUCUCGAGCUUACCCGGAGGACACGACGCAGGAGCAGAGUGGAAUCCAAGCUGGCAGCGUUCAACUUUUCACCGUUAUGACCAAACCUCAACGCCCUAACCAAGCUGCCACUAAUGAGGAAUCCAAGACCGAUGAACAGGACGAGCUUCCGGUGUGCCGCUACUCUGUGGGGAAGUUUAGUGACUUGUUUAUCGAGUACGUGGCCCUCCCACUGGCACUCACAAAUGUUAAAGGGGGAGAACAAGAGGAAAUGAAACCCUCAGCGCUGGAUCUUGCCGUGGUUAUUGCCGAGAUGGAGAGAAUGUGCAGCCGCAUCAAAGUGGAAUUGUGGUCGACAAACAACUGGAUGAAGUCUGGCACAAAAGACCAAGAGGAAACUGAUGCAACCCCUGCAGAUAAUUCUCCAGUCACACAAUCUACAACAACGUUAGCGUUUAAUCCGUACCAGCUUGAGCUUCUCUCUCGCGUUCUGGACAACAACUUCGUCGGGUCACCACCGGCUCCAGUUUGCAGCUUCGUCAACGCCGACGAGACGAAAGUUUCAGAUAUGGAGUUUGACUUUGGAGAUCUCGCCCUGGAUCUCCUAGACCCGCUGGAUCCCUCCGUGGACGACGCCAGCUCUGGAAACCCCUCAAGCGGCGCUGUGAUAGCUCGCGCGUGUCUCGAGCGAUUUCAACUCGCUGCCGACGGGUUCGCGUCACUGCGGUCUCAAUACCGCGCGUCGUCUUCCAAAGGCUCCUUGUGGAAGAUUGAUUGGAGUGAAGACGAAGCUCAAGAAGACGUUCCAAAGUCUGAAGUGAGGGCGCUUUGUGGCAGUAUUUUCUCUCUAUCGGAAGACGUAUCCAAGCAAGGUAUCGACAUCAUCCUGGAUCGACGAGCUCCAUCACCCGAAGUUGCGAUUCCUCCCACAGAGGUCCGAAUCCACUUGGACAACUGCGAGCUGCUCCCGUUAAUCGUCGAGUUCGGCCAGCGACUUCGGUAUUUCGCCUCCAUUGAAUCGGAUCUCUCGGAGCAAAUCGAACGCGCGGAAACUUCAUUGGACGUGUCGAUUACAACGGGUUUCGUGCAUUACCUCGCUGCUGAAUGCGUUCCGAACAGCGUUGAUGAACUCGGAAGUGAAGACGAGGACUCCCAACGCCUUCACUCUGAUGCUACCACAUUGAAGAUGAUAGCGAGUGGGUGCAUUGUUGGUCGGUAUCACAGCGACGAGCCUGAGAACUCGCGAACUCAACUGUACGGGAGGAAUAUGUGCGUGAAAGUGAGCUCGCAAUGGCCACCACAGCCUGCAGUUUUAACAGUGCCAGCCUCGCCUUCCUCCCAGUCCGAGUCGCCCACCAAGGCGGACAUGUCUGGAGCGUUAGAUCUUUCAAGAUACGAGCGCACUGUAUGCGAUGAUUUCACCAUCGAUCUCGAGUUGGUCACUGCUGAAGACGCUGAAGCCACGAUGGCAGUCACACUCACGCAUUUCCACGCUGUUGUGUGUACUCUCGACCUCUUCCUCUUCUCUCAAGCUCAAAAGGUGUUCGGAACGGAUAAUGAAGCCAGCGACAGUAGUUCCGAGAAGGAAAAGACCGAAGAAACCGAAACUUCUGAAGGUGAAGACGGCGACUCUAAGCCUGCGGACGCUCCAUCAAGGCCUCUAGCACCACCAGAGAUCGAGUUCCGAGAGGACAGCAUCAGUAUGGUCGAAUUCUUGCUGGAAGAUACGAGCAUCACGCUUCUUCGGCAAAGUGGGCCUCACUUAUCCCCGAUAGCGCGCUUGUACACCUUCCGCGCCAUGUGCAAGGCCACGUACGAGGUUGGAGAGCGGAUUGACGGCGUCGUUCCCACCUUGACCGAGGUGGCAGUAGAAUUCCCGGACGAAAGUCUGAACGAACCGUGUGCUGACGAUGGA